GUCAGCUGUCGGCCCCCUGCUCGUGUCGCUCCCUGGCGCACGAGACCGUCCUCUGGCACCACCGCCUUGGUCACCCGUCAGUGCAGCGCCUUCGUGACAUGCACAAACGGUACCUUGUCUCUGGUCUGCCCAGGGUUCUCCCUCCCCUCCCACCCUCGCCUGCUCCUCCUUGUCUUCCCUGUGUCGAGGGGCGGCAGCGCGCCGCUCCUCACUCCUCCUCGUUUCCCCCGACGACUGCUCCCCUCCAGACGCUCCACAUGGACGUGUGGGGCCCAGCCCGCGUUCGUGGACAGGGUCACGAGAGGUACUUCUUGAUAGUUGUUGACGACUACUCGCGCUACACCACGGUCUUCCCCUUGCGCACCAAGGGUGAAGUCCCUGAUGUCUUGAUCCCUUGGAUCCGCGCUGCCCGUGUCCAGCUUAGCGAGAGGUUCCACUCGGACUUUCCUGUCCUGCGUCUGCACUCUGAGAGAGGUGGGGAGUUUUCCUCCGACCUCUUGAGGGCCUACUGUCAGGGGCAGGGCAUUGAGCAGUCGUUCACGCUUCCGGCCUCUCCACAGCAGAAUGGGGUUGCUGAGCGCCGCAUUGGCCUGGUCAUGGAGGUCGCUCGUACCUCCUUGAUCCAUGCGGCUGCCCCCCACUUUCUGUGGCCGUUUGCGGUCCGAUACGCUGCUCAUCAGCUCAACCUCUGGCCCCGUGUCUCCGCUCCGGAGGCUUCGCCGACACUGCGUUGGACGGGAGAGGUUGGCGAUGCGUCUCGUUUCCGGGUCUGGGGAUCUCGAGCUUUUGUUCGCGAUACGUCCGCGGACAAGCUCUCCUCCCGCGCUGUUCCUUGUGUCUUCCUUGGCUUUGUCCCGGACGCGUCUGGUUGGCAGUUUUACCACGCCACCUCGCGCCGUGUCCUACCUUCUCAAGACGUCACGUUCGACGAGUCGGUCCCCUACUACCGCCUCUUCCCCUACCGCACUGCCACGCUCCCCCCCCCCGCCUCUCUUCCUCGCACCAGGUAG